AUCAGAGAGAGAGAGGGUUAGGGGGGUCAGCUGGGUCUUUUUGUUUGGAUAUGGUAUUAUGCCUUUGAAAAGUCAUAGAUAGUGUGAAUGUGAAAUAAGUCCUCUUCACCUCUUUUGGUGUUCUUGUCUUCAUCUUUCUUUCUCUCUGCCAUCUUUUUUAGUCUCCUUUUGGUUUUCUGCUUUCUAGGUCCUUUUCGGUACUGACAAACACUAGGCCAAGAAUGAUCCAUGAAAAGAUGGGAACUUGGGGUUUAUUUCAUAUUGGAUAGUCUUCCAUGGUGUUUCAUGUGUUUGCUUGUCUGUGUGUAUAAGAGAGAGAGAGAGAGAGAGAGAGAGAGAGAGGUGUGAACUGCGGAAUAGAUAAAAGGGCUUUUCUUGUCUUGUUGCUCUUUUUUAUAUCUCUAUCCGUAAGAGUGAAACUGAUUUUCUGCAGAGAGAGGGAUUAAGUCAUGCAUGGGCGUUGACAAGGAAUCAGCUUUCUUUUGUUUCUGUUUUGGUUGAGAGUGUAAUUGUCAGUCUCAACUCAAUCUAAGGUAAGGUCAAAAAUAUAUAAGAUAAAAAAAGAAAAAAAGAAAAAAGAAUUAUAACCUAAGCAUACCCUUGUGAAAGUGAUAGUGACUAUUUGAUAAUUACCCUGGAGACGCAAAAAUAGUCAGAAAGAGAGAAACGGAGAGCAAAGGCUUUACCUUUUUUUUCUUCUCUUUGAUCUAUUUCCAUUAUGAUGGGGUUUGGUGGUUUGAUCAGUGGUGGUAGUGGUGGUGGAGGGGUUGCAAGAGUUGUGGCUGAUAUUGCUCCACACAGCUCAAACAUGACUAGUGGUGCCUUUGCUCCGCUACCCCUUCUCAGUACUCCACCUAUUCCAAGUUCAAUGCACAGUUCCUCUACCCUCACUCUCUCCACUUCAAGGAAAAUGGAAGGCCAAGGUGGUGAGAUGGCUCUGAUUGGGGAAAACUAUGAUCCUGGUAUGGUGGGAAGGUUGAGGGAAGAAGGGUAUGAGAGCAGGUCAGGGAGUGAUAAUGUUGAAGGCUCGGGUGAUGACCAGGAGGCCGGCAAUGAUCAAGGGCCGGCGAAGAAGAAGAAGUACCAUAGGCACACUCCCAACCAAAUUCAAGAGCUUGAAGGUUUCUUUAAGGAGUGUCCCCAUCCUGAUGAGAAGCAAAGAUUGGAACUCAGCAGGAAGCUUGGCUUGGAGAUCAAGCAAGUCAAAUUUUGGUUUCAAAAUAGGCGAACCCAAAUGAAGACCCAAUUGGAGCGCCAUGAAAACAUGAUUCUUAGACAAGAAAAUGAUAAGCUUCGGGCCGAGAACACUUUAAUGAGGGAUGCUAUGGCAAACCCAGUGUGCAACAAUUGCGGUGGACCGGCCAUUCCUGGUCAAAUAUCAUUUGAGGAGCACCAGCUUAGGAUUGAGAAUGCUCGAUUGAAGGAUGAAUUAAACCGUAUAUGUGCUUUGGCAAACAAGUUCUUGGGCAGGCCUCUCUCAUCCUUAGCCACUUCCAUCCCUCUCCCAAGCUCAACCUCCGGUUUGGAACUCGGGGUAGGAAGAAAUGGGAUUGGUGGUUUAAGCUCUAUGGGCGCACCUUUACCAAUGGGACUUGAUCUGGGAGAUGGGAUUAUGGGCGCUUCAGCUAUGCCUCUAAUUAAGCCUUCCAUGAGCUUCAUGGGCAAUGAAAUACCAACGGACAGGUCGAUGUUUAUGGAUCUUGCUUUGACAGCUAUGGAUGAAUUAAUUAAGAUGGCCCAGGCAGAUAGCUCCCUUUGGAUCAAAAGUUUGGAUGGAGGGAAGGAAACGCUGAAUCAAGAGGAGUAUGUAAGGGCAUUUUCUCCUUGUAUUGGCACAAAACCCGUGGGUUUUGUAACUGAGACUACAAGGGAUACUGGUAUGGUAAUCAUGAACAGCUUGGCUCUUGUGGAGACAUUGAUGGACGAGGGUCGAUGGAAAGAAAUGUUUCCAUGCAUAAUUGCUAGAGCUUCCACCAUUGAUUUGAUAUCAAAUGGCAUAGCUGGAACCAAAAAUGGUGCUCUACAAGUGAUGCAUGCUGAGCUGCAAGUUCUUUCACCAUUUGUCUCUGUCCGUCAAUUGAAGUUCCUCCGGUACUGCAAGCAGCAGGCGGAGGGUGUGUGGGCUGUGGUUGAUGUUUCUAUUGACAUUAGCAUAGAAAGCACCAACAUGCACCCAUUUGUGAACUGUAGAAGGCUUCCUUCUGGAUGUGUUGUGCAAGAUAUGCCUAAUGGUUACUCAAAGGUUACAUGGAUAGAACAUUCAGAAUAUAAUGAGAGUGGUAUCCAUGAACUAUACCAGCCAUUUAUUAGGGCUGGCAUGGGCUUUGGUGCACAAAGGUGGGUUGCUACCCUCCAAAGGCAGUCUGAGUUCUUGGCAAUCCUCAUGUCAUCAACCUUCCCCCUUGAAGAUCACACAACACUUAGUCCAGCCGGAAAGAGGAGCAUGUUGAAGUUGGCGCAGCGCAUGACUGACAAAUUCUGUUCUGGUGUUUGUGCUUCAACUACUCACAAGUGGGACAAUCUCCGUCUUGGAAAUGUGGGUGAAAAUGUUAGGGUUAUGACCAGGAGGAAUUUGGAUGACCCUGGUGAGCCUCAUGGUAUUGUGGUGAGUGCUGCAACUUCGGUUUGGAUGCCUGUAUCACAGCAGGGACUGUUUGAUUUCUUGCGAGAUGACCGAUCGAGGAGUCAGUGGGACAUUUUAUGCGUUGGCAGGCCAAUACAGGAGAUGAUUCAUAUUGCCAAAGGCCAGAAACAAGGCAACUGUGUUUCUCUCCUUCGUGGAAAUUCCACUAAUGAGAACGAGAGCAACAUGCUGAUAUUGCAAGAGACAUGGACAGAUGCAUCAGGCUCAGUAGUUGUUUAUGCACCAGUAGAUGCGCCAUCGAUAAAUGUGGUGAUGGGUGGUGGGGAUUCUACCUAUGUGGCUCUCCUACCAUCAGGGUUUUCUAUUCUGCCUGAUGAUCAAUCCUUCUUUGGUGGGCCUCAAAUUUGCAAUGGAACUGUGAUAAAAGAAGACAAUAAUGGCAGUGAUGGAAGCGGUGGAUGUCUACUUACUGUUGGAUUUCAAAUCUUAAUUAAUAGCCAGCCAGCUGCGAAACUAACCGUGGAGUCAGUAGAGACUGUUAACAAUCUCAUCUCCUGCACUAUUCAGAAGAUCAAAGCUGCCCUUAAAAUACCAUAGUUGUGAUGAUGGGCAACUAUGUGUUUAGCUUAGUUUACCCUUUGUUUUAAGAAAUGAACAAAAAAGAUAUGAAAGAAUUAUAGGAGAUAGAGUGGAUAGAGUAAAGGAGGAGCUUGAGGUUAAAAUUCUCCUAAGGGUUUCGAGUCAAGAACGAACCGCGUGCUGGGAAUUUUUGCUUGAUCAUGGUAGCAACAUGACUUGUGGUCGGUCUUCUUAUAGGGGUCUCUUUCAAAUUCAUCAGUUUGGAACUGGAGGUUCGGGUAUUGACUCUGUGGACCAGCGAGGUUGGCUCAAACUCUCUUUGUCAAGUGUGUAUUAAUUAUUAAACCUAUAGAGGUAAACAAGAUAGACGUGGGAGGAAGUAUGCCUUAAGUGUUUUUGUUUCACUUUAUUCUAAAUUGUAGGGUGUGUUUUCUCAACUUAUAUAUUUGGUUCAAAAAGUUUGAGCUCUAUAAUACCAACUUGUUCGUUUUGGCUA